AUGGCGUUGUCGAUCGAGCUCACCAAGGAGUACGGCUACGUCGUGCUCGUGCUGGUGGCCUAUGCCUUCCUCAACUUCUGGAUGAGCUUCCAGGUCGGCAAGGCCCGCAAGAAGUACAAGGUGUUCUACCCCACCAUGUACGCCAUCGAGUCGGAGAACAAGGACGCCAAGCUCUUCAACUGCGUGCAGAGGGGGCACCAGAACUCUCUGGAGAUGAUGCCCACGUUCUUCGUCAUGCUGCUGCUGGGCGGCCUGCAGCACCCAACCAUCGCCGCCGGGCUGGGUGUCCUCUACGUCGUCGCGAGGUUCUUCUACUUCAAGGGAUACGCCACCGGCGUUCCGGACAACCGUCUCAAGAUUGGGGGGCUCAACUUCUUGGCGGUGUUUGGGCUGAUCAUCUGCACGGCAUCUUUCGGCAUCAACUUGGUCAUCAGGGAGACACUCUAA